CUCGUUUCUAGAACUCCUCCGAAUGCCGCAACGUGGAUCCCAUGAGUCAUUAAACCCCGCCACGCGUCAGUGAAAAGGGUUCCAUAUUUGGAGCUAUGAACUAAAGUUUAUAUUUUGUUUUGACAGCUUUGACGAUCCAUUUUCAUCACUCACCCAUCACAACCACCACCACCCACAUUUCAACAAUGCCUGCCACCACCAACGACCACAUCCUCACCCUGUCAUGCCCUGACAAGCCGGGCAUCGUUCACGCCGUCACUGGCGUGUUCGCCCUGGAGGGCCACAACAUUCUCGACCUCCAACAAUUCUCCGAUCCCGUCUCCCAAAAAUUCUUCAUGCGCGUGCACUUUGGUCCUACGCCCACUCCCUCGACCGAGCACCUCACCGAGCUCUUCAACAAGCUCGCGGCCGAGUACCAGAUGGAGUACAAGAUCCGGCCCGUCUCGCAGAAAACCCGGGUCCUGAUCAUGGUCUCCAAGAUCGGCCACUGCCUCAACGACCUCCUCUUCCGCGCCAAGACCGGCCAGCUGCCCAUCGACAUCCCUCUCAUCGUGUCCAACCACCCUACCUUUGAGCCUCUGGCCAAGUCCUACGGCAUCGAGUUCCACCACUUGCCUGUCACCGCCAACACCAAGGCCCAGCAGGAAUCCCAGAUCCUCGAGCUGGCCAAGCAGCACGGCAUCGAGCUUAUCGUUCUCGCCCGCUACAUGCAGGUUCUGUCGCCAACCCUCUGCGAGGCCAUGUCUGGCAGGAUCAUCAACAUCCACCACUCCUUCUUGCCGUCUUUCAAGGGCGCGAAGCCCUACCAUCAGGCGUACGAGAGGGGCGUCAAGAUUAUCGGUGCCACGGCGCAUUUCGUCACGGCGGAUUUGGACGAGGGCCCCAUCAUCGAGCAGAGGGUCACCAGAGUCGACCACAGUAUGGGACCGAAUGAGUUGGUGGAUGAGGGCUCGAAUGUGGAGAGCCAGGUGUUGGCGGCGGCGGUCAAGUGGUAUGCCGAGCAGAGGCUGUUCCUUAACAACGGCAAGACUGUUGUUUUCGCUUAGGCUCUGAGUGAUGGUGGAAGUGGUGAAGCGAGGGUUCAGGGUUGAGUGCCCUGUGUUGUACAUAUGAUGUUAAUGAAUACCCGUACAUACA